ACUCCGCGGACAAUCAACCGCCUCGGUGGACUUUUUUUGCAAAGCAGCAUUGUAUGAAACUGUACACAACAAAUAAACGAGACUGCCCUCCAUUCUGCAUUUUAGUUGCUGUUCGAAGUUAGUCGGAUCAACGCCAUUAACUUCCAUCAUGGCAAAUGUUUCGACUGUUUACGCACUCGCCCUCGUCCUCUUGAACUACAUUAUGCAGGUCCAUGGGACAGGUUGCCCAGUAGUGGAGUGCUGGUUUGUACAGGAGAAGCCAGGGCGAGGGUUUCCCGCUGCUAUGAGCCAGGAGAAGUCCCUGAUGUAUGUCAGAACAGACCCUGACAGCACAGGAGCCGAGUCACAACAGAAACCCCCUGCUGACAUCGACCCCACGAGAAUCUACCACGUUACUGACUCAAGUGCCUCCCUCUGCAGUUCCUCUCUUAAAUCACCAGAGGGUUCAGUGAAGAAGCCCCUGUGUGAGAUAAACCCUUUCUUGCCUCAGCCUGCUGUGGUCAAAUGGGCAGCCCCCCUCACCAGCUCCGCUCAGAGCCCCAUCUACCUGCAGGCUGACUGGUUCUCAGCUUCACUGCAGGGACUUGAUGGACAGCUGACACUGUCUAGUGUGAUGCGGGCGCCCAAGGGUACCAAUGAGCCAAAUGUGAUCCUCAGUGUUUUCAGUACAUCCACUUCAAUCCGCUCGAGACUCGGGGUGCCAGUGGUGCUUGACUGUGGGUUCUGGAUGGAUGCCUCUUCACCCCUGUCUGGACUGGGGUUUGCGGUGGAGUGGCGGUACCAAUUCCGGGGGGAGGGCAGGCUGGUGGUGGCCUACGAUGGCAAGGGAGACCGAUUGGCUGAGACCACAGAGGAAGGGGCGGAGCUCGACAUACCUGCUCUUCACCAAACAGGAAAUGCUUCAUUGCUCCUUGAGGAAGCUCAAGUCAGACACACUGGAACAUACAUCUGCACUGCAUAUCUCCCGUAUCUACUGGCUCAGGUUGCAAUAGAUUUGGAGAUUGAGGAGCCCCCUUCCCUCUCCAUCUCCCCCUCCCCACUUCCCAUCUCCUACCCUGGCCAGACUCUCUCUGUGCAGUGCGAGGCCUCCGGCUUCGCCCCCCUCUCUCUGGAGCUCAGCUGGGAGUUUGUGGGGGCAGACGGGGGGGUGCAGUCAUUGGGUGAGGGGGGCAUGUCGGGGCACAGGCAGGCUUCCGACGGUACCUUCAGCCAGAGCAGCCGGCUGACACUGGACCUGGGCAAACUGGACCUAGGCCGGGGCGGGGAGGUCACCUGUGUGGCUGUCCAUCCAGGGGGAACCAGGCGGGCCAGCACGACACUUAACAUCAUCGGAGUUAGUGGCCCGUCCAUAGAGGAUUCUAUGGCCAUGGUGGCUGUGGCGCUGGGGCUGUAUGGUGUCAUUAAGCUAUUCUCUUGGAUGUUUGGCACAUCUGGACCCAGUGAUAGUGAUUCAAAGGAUAAGAAGGAUAAGUAAACUUGAGAAGACAAAGAAAACAUUUGAAGAUCAUAUAUAGAAGAAUUUGACUGUGGAGGAUCUUGAAUUCUGUGUGCGGGUACAUGCUGUCUCUUUGUGUUUACCUGAGUGUGGGUUUUUUUUUUUUUUGAUUAAGCUUAACUCUCCAGGUGCCGUUCUUAUCUGCCUUGCAAAUCAGUUUAAUUUUCCACCCGUUUGUUUACUGUUAGUGUUUUAGCAACAAAGAUAAUGCUGUCAAAAUGAUAGAAAUACUAAAAUAUUCCUAUCCAUUUUUAUUCCACAUCUCACCUGUUUUAUCAUUUGUAACAUUAUUUAAGAGCAAUAGAAUAUUUUUUUUCCAAAUGCUGUGAAAAAGAAAGGAGAUGAUGAGCUUUAAAUAAGAUUAAUUGCACACACAAGCAGACAAGUCCAUUCUUAAAUAGUGGGUGGACACUAAAGACAAUUAAGACUGCAACAAGCUGCAUGUAGGUUUGAUGUGGGAAAAGAAACAGUAAUGAACACCCACUUUUUUCAUUGCACUAGUUUUUAAGUACCACCCAUAUGCCAUUUCAUUUAAAACUUGGCAUUUUAGAUUUUUUUUUUUUUUUUUUUUGAGAAGAGGCUUGUAAAUAGCGGAUUUGCUGCCAAAGGUUGUUUAUUUCAUUAUUUUGUUUCAAC